AUGGAGAGUUGUAAUCCAAUGAGUACUCCACUGGUUCUAAACCAAAAGAUGAGCAGAGAUGGUGGAGGUUACAAAGUUGAUGAAAGUAGAUACCAAAGCAUGAUCGGGUGUUUACUAUAUCCGACAGCGACCAGACUUGAUCUCAUGUAUGCUGCUAACCUCUUAUCGAGGUUUAUGAAUGAGCCAAGCAAAGUCCACUUGCAAGCAAACAAAAGGGUGAUGCGAUAUGUUAGAGGAAAUGCAGACCUCAAGAUAUGGCAUAGAAGGUCUAAAGACUUCGACUUUGUUGGAUAUACAUAUAGCGAUUGGGCAGGAUCAGUUGAUGACAUGAAGAGCACAUUGGGGUUUGUGUUUUUCUUAAAUUCAAGAGCAAUUAGCUGGUUGUCCAAGAAGCAAGAAACAUUGGCUCAAUCAACUGUAGAAGUAGAAUACAUCGUUGUAGCUGCUGUAGUGAAUCAAACGAUUUGGCUAAGGAAGAUCCUAAGGCAUAUGAAGCUAGAACGACGUGAGCCAACAACAAUCUUUUGUGACAACCAAUCUACCAUUGCUAUGGCCAAGAAUCUUGCGUUUCAUGGCGGAUCAAAGCAUAUAUAG